AAAGCAGACGUAACAGAAUCAUCUGUUAUUGCAAGGCGGCCGGAAAUACAAUUUCAAGUUUCGAUUUAAAGCGUAGAUUAAUCUCAUUUCUUUCCGUGCCAUAUCGUUUUAAGUAACGAAAGAAAAGUCAGAAUUUCAAGCAGAAACGAUCAGAAGGGUCAAUAUGAGUAAUUGGAAUCAUUAUUCUCCUGAUUUUAAUGCACCACGAGGAAUUCCUCAAGGUUAUCCAUAUGCAGUGAAUCCGAACCCACCAUCUCAUAAUCCUAUGAUUCCUCCUAAUAUUUCUCACAAUCUUGGAUUUGCAUCUCCUCAAACCAAUACAUCUUCUUACCCACCCACCUCAUUUAAUCCACCUGGAUCAUCACCUUAUCCUGCUGCUGGUUCAUCACCUUACCCUAGCUCUGGUAAUUCACCUUACCCUAGCUCUGGUAAUUCACCUUACCCUAGCUCUGGUAAUUCACCUUAUCCUAGCUCUGGUAAUUCACCUUAUCCUGGUGCUGGCUCUUCACCUUAUCCUGGUGCUGGCUCUUCACCUUAUCCUGGUGCUGGCUCUUCACCUUAUCCUGGUACUGGUUCUUCACCUUACCCUGCUUCUGGUUCUUCACUUUAUCCUAAUGCUGGUUCUUCACCUUAUCCUGGUACUGGUUCAUCGCCUUAUCCUGGUGCUGGUUCUUCACCUUACUCUGCUACUGGUUCUUCACCUUAUCCUGGUACUGGUUCAUCGCCAUAUCCUAGUACUGGUUCAUCACCUUAUCCAGGUUCAGGUUCUUCACCUUAUCCACCAGCUAAUAUUUCAUCUAACCGGUACUCACCAGGAAUUUACCAACAAAGAAUGGCAUACUACGUAGCUGGAGAAGGAACUGUAAAGCCCUACCCAGAUUUUGAUCCUAAGAGUGAUGCUGAGAUUCUGAGGAAGGCGAUGAAAGGUUUUGGUACUGAUGAAACAGCCAUUAUCAAAGUAUUGACAAAACGUACUAAUGAACAAAGAGUUUAUAUUGGCAUAGCUUUUAAGCAACUGUAUGGAAAAGAUUUGAUUGAUGACUUGAAAAGUGAACUUACUGGAAACUUUGAAAACGUUAUUCUUGGAUUAAUGAUGCCUACUCAUGACUAUUUGGCUUCAGAGUUGAAGAAAGCAAUAAGAGGUCUUGGUACGGAUGAAGAUAUCUUGAUUGAGAUUCUUUGUACCAGAACAAAUCAAGAAAUAUGGUCUAUAAAUGAAGCGUAUCAACGACUGUAUGGAAAAUCUUUAGAAGAAGAUAUAAAAAGUGACACAUCUGGACAUUUCCAAAGAUUGAUGGUUUCAGCUUGUACUGGAGCUAGAUCUGAAGACCCUGCUGAUUCUAAUCGAGCUAAACAAACUGCUGAAGCUUUAUAUGCAGCUGGUGUAGGUCAGUGGGGUACUGAUGAAUCCACUUUCAAUGCUAUCCUUGUUUCUGAAAGUUACCAACAAUUGGCCCAUACAUUCUAUGAAUAUCAAAAGCUUGCUGGACAUACAGUUGCCCAGGCUAUUGAGAGUGAAAUGUCUGGAGAUUUAAAGAAGGGCAUGCUGGCAAUCGCUAAAUGUGUCGAAAACAGACCAUUUUAUUUUGCUGAAAAAUUGUAUAAAGCCAUGAAGGUAGGUCUUGGAACUGAUGACGAUACCCUUAUCCGAAUUGUGGUAUCUCGUUGUGAAAUUGAUAUGGUCCAAAUCAAAGCUGAAUAUGAAAGGAACUAUGGAAAACCAUUAAUUGAAGCCAUACGUGGUGACACGUCUGGAGAUUACAGGAAAGUUUUAAUCAAUCUUGUGGAACCUCAGUAAAUGGCUUCAACUUAAUUGGCUAUGCAUAACUUGCUUUAAAAAAUGCAAGAUGUUUUGUGUGGUGCUUUGCAAAAAUUGGUUCCUGUUGCAGUGUCUUUAGCAAAUUUAUUGUAAAUAAUUUGUUGCAUUUCCAUGUUUUAAAAAAGAAUGUUAAAAUAUUUUAGUUAAAGAAACUGUUGCAUUUUCCCAUUGAGAUCUGUCAUGCUUCCAUUCAAUUCUAGUACAAAAGAAAAUAUUUUUUUACGAAUUAAAUUAUACAUGUUAAUGUAUAAUUAUGAUAGUUAUUUUUAUUUGUAGAAAUUUCAUAUUAGAAAUUAUAUAUUUGUUAAUUUUUGUGCAUUAAAUGUUAUUAAGCAUUAAUCUAGAAACAUAAAUUUAAGAGUUGUUGUUCAAUGUUAUCAUAGAUCUUUGCUUUAUAAAUCAAAAUUUUAUAGAAUUGUGAUCUGUAUGAAAAAUGUGUUCAAUGCUUUCAAAGGUAUUUUUAUUGCUGAACAAAAGUGCUUAAUUUUAUUUUUUUAUGCAGAUUUUGCUUUGUGAUAUUUUUUAUUACUUUACCAAUUAGAAUAAAAAUGUUUCUAUGUAUUUAGUUUUCUUAAUCUAAAAACAGUCAAGUCCAGUUUAAUAAUUUUGUAAAGCAGGAUUAAUAUGAAAUAGUCAUUAAAAUACAAAUAACAAGGGAAAAUAUGCUUGUUUCUUGUGGAUGAACACUAUAUUUUAAUGAAUUUAGCAAUCUUUUCUCUUAUUGUUUGCCUAUAAAAAGAUUAGUAUAAUAAUUAAGUCGUACUUUAAAAAAUAUAUUAAUAAAAGAAAAUUGGCUUUGCCUCAUUUUGGCAUAUUGUAGUUUGAACUAAGUAGAUGCUAUUUUUAUAUUCUAACAAUUCAUUUUGAUAUUACCAUUUUAAAAAUAAAAAUACAUUGAUUUAGUAGUAUCAUCGUGUUUUUAAAGUCCAAAAACUUCUGUCACAAGUGAGAUUCUUCAUAUAAUAGUGAAUAAAAAUAAAUAGCACCUAUAAAUCAGUUUGUUUUAAAAAAAUUUAUUCACAGUUUUUGGAAUAUAUUAUAAUAAAAUGCUUUUACUAUUCA